AGUCGCUGGCGGAGCGAGAGCUGUUGUGACCUGUUCUUUCUGUGACUUAAUCCUCUGUGAAAAUGUCCAGCAAUGAGAAUGGUGCCCGCCUCACCAGGUUCAAAAACAAGGGCAAGGACUCCACGGAAAUGAGGAGGCGGAGGAUUGAAGUGAACGUGGAGCUGCGCAAGGCCAAGAAAGAUGAUCAGUUGCUAAAGAGGAGAAAUGUCAGCACCUUCCCAGAUGAGCCAACCUCUCCCCUACAGGAGAAGAACCAGAAUGGGCAGACCUCUACACAGUGGAGUGUUGAAGAGAUUGUCCGAGGUGUCUCCAGCCCUAACCUAGACAUUCAGCUACAGGCCACGCAGGCUGCAAGGAAGCUUUUGUCCAGAGAGCGGGAGCCUCCAAUUGAUCGCAUCAUUCAGGCUGGUCUCAUUCCCAAGCUGGUAGCCUUCCUGGCCCAUUCGGACUGCAGCCCCAUUCAGUUUGAGGCUGCCUGGGCUUUGACAAACAUCGCGUCUGGAACCUCUGAUCAAACCAAGGCUGUUGUGGAAGGUGGUGGGGUCCCAGCCUUCAUAUCCCUUUUGGCAUCUCCUCAUCCUCACAUCAGUGAGCAGGCAGUGUGGGCCUUGGGAAACAUUGCAGGUGAUGGAUCUGCUUACCGAGAUCUAGUUAUUAAACAUGGAGCUGUUGGGCCUCUGCUAGCCUUAUUGGCUGGUCCUGACCUCUCCACACUAGCUACUGGCUACCUCAGAAAUGUUACAUGGACCCUCUCAAACCUGUGUCGCAACAAGAACCCAGCCCCACCUCUGGAUGCAAUUCAGCAGAUCUUGCCCACACUAGUGAGAUUGUUGCAUCAUGAUGACCGUGAGGUACUGGCUGAUACCUGCUGGGCAGUAUCCUACCUCACCGAUGGUUCAAACGACCGAAUCGACGUGGUGGUCCGCACAGGCUUGGUCUCUCGCAUUGUUCAGCUGCUGGGCUGUGGAGAGCUGACCAUUGUGACCCCUUGUCUGAGAACCAUUGGGAACAUUGUGACUGGUACAGAUGAGCAAACCCAAGUGGUUCUUGAUGCUGAGGCUUUGUCUGUCUUUGCGGAGCUGCUCACCCACCACAAGAAUAAUAUCCAGAAAGAAGCUGCCUGGACACUGUCCAACAUUACUGCUGGGCGUCAGGACCAGAUCCAGGAAGUAGUCAAUCAUGGGUUAAUGCCCUACCUCAUUGAAAUUCUCAGGAAGGGUGACUACAAGACUCAAAAAGAAGCGAUUUGGGCAGUCACAAACUACACAAGUGGGGGAACAAUAGAUCAGAUUAUCUACCUCGUCCAAUGUGGUGUCAUUGAGCCUCUGUCAAAUCUCUUGUCUGUCAAGGACAGCAAGACUGUGCUGGUCAUUCUAGAUGCCUUCACCAAUAUAUUCGCUGCUGCUGAUAAGCUUGGGGAGACAGAGAAACUGUGCCUAAUGGUAGAGGAAUGUGGUGGUCUCGACCGUAUCGAGGCUCUGCAGUCUCAUGAGAAUGAGCAGGUCUACAAAGCAUCGGCUGGUCUCAUUGAGAAAUACUUCUCUGCAGAGGAUGGAGAAGAUGAAUCUCUGGCUCCUGAGACCACAGCCGACGGCUAUACUUUCCAGGUGGAAGGUGGAACUCACACCACGUUUGACUUCUAAACACUGCCAUGUCUUGUCUGUUUGUCCUUUUUCUAUGUGAAUCCGCACUUUUUGUCUUAUUUCAACAAUCUUCUCCCCACUGUAAAUAUACUGUGAAUCUUAAAUCUGUGUUCAAAUUGAAUAAAGUUGUAAAUAUAUCAUUUUUAACUUUACAGCAGUUGGCGGCAGGCCAACUUUUCUAGUUCAAAGGCAAAGGUAGCUGUGGCCAUCACAACCUCUUGUGGCAGAGAUUUUAUUUGUAUGGGGCAAAUCCAGCCACUGUCAGUCAAAGCACUUAGCACAAUUUUAGACUUGGGGUUUCUGAAAAUAAAUGGGUAAUUGAGCUUCUUCCCCUGUGCCUUGUAUAAACCAGUAAUGUUUUGUCUAGUCCUGGGUCCCUUUACUUUCAAACUUCAGUGACUGCACACUGGCCACAUGUUGGGGAUUGUUCUGGCCCACUAACCCAUUAGGGAAAAACUGCCAGUUACUUAUGGAUCUGUGUGGCCAGUGCUGGGAAAGCAUUUCCCUGGGUGAUAGGGCUGCUUGCAAUCCAUAGCCUAGCUAUCUCUGCGCCCAGCCCUCUGUAUCACAAAACUGUUCUUAGCUCUGUGGGGCUGCACAUUGACUGACUUGGGUUCAUGUAAGGCUUCUUUAUAUUGCAACUGUUUACAAUAAAUUUUUGGCAAAAAAAAAAA